GUUUAAAAAGCCAACCAGCAGCCAUUUCUCACUAGCAUCAAAACAUAGCAAGAUCUCAUCUGAUAAACAGACCUCAGUCUAUCCUCCGACUUAGUCGAAGAACUUCAGAUUUCUCAAAGGGAAAGAGGGUAUUUUGCACAAAAAAAUGAAGACGGUUAUCGUUUUAACGCUCCUCGUUGCAACUGUUUUCUGUCUACCUGUGAAGCGCUCAGCUAGCAGUUCAGAGAGCUCAGAAGAACUUGUGGUUGCUCAACGGCCACCUCCUAUUCUACGAAAAGCUGCUGCUGUUAUGUUCAAGGAAGAGCCUACACAGACCACGGCAGCAGAAUCCAAUGAAAGCACAGACAGUGCAGAUGACAGUGAGGAUGCAGAUGAGGAAUCUGAAACAGAUGAAAACGAACAGGAGAAUGAGACUGACUCCAGUGAGAGUGAGUCUGGGGAAGCCAUGAGCACCGUUUUCCCAUCCACAGUGGAACCUACAGUGGAACCUUCACUGGACCCCAUCAUCAACACAGGCCGGGGAGACAGCAUGGGCUACCCUAGCGACUACAAAAAAGCCAUUGUCUACGUGGACUCAAACGACUUAGAAAAAAUACCUUCCCCAUACAAGUCCUACAGCAGUGACAAGUUGGGCGGCUUGACGUUCGUGAGCAAGAAGUCCUCUGCCUAUGAUGACCAGAGCAUCAACGAUGUGGAGAAGGAGAUUAAACUGUACAAGGCUCUGCAGGUGCAUGAUAUUCCUCUGGAGGAGGACGACACCAGCACUCCAGAGGUGGAGAACAUUGAGCCAAACGACCGCCAGGCUCCUCUGGGAAGCCAAGAGAUCGUUCCCACCGGGAACCAGGACGCCACAGCAGAGUCAGACAGCGAGGGAGCAAGUGCUGGAGACACCACCAACGGCAGCGCCAGCGCCAGCGCCAGCCAGGAGCAAAACGAAGAGGAGUCAGACAGCAGCCUGAGCAGCGAGGAGACCACGGCCACACCUGGAGCAGCAGACAGCGAGGACGACUCCUCACAGAGCCAGGAAAGCGAUUCUUCAGAGGAGACCAUCCAGACCACCGACGCUACCGUUAUCAUAGCAAAAUAAACGCAUCCGAGCACAAACCCUCAUCGGGCUGUCGACAGAAACGAAUGCAAACGUAUUAAUUGUAUGGUGCUUGGUGACUCACUCCACCUGAUGUUAGUGUGGGUUCGACAAACGGCAGAGCACAAAGAUACGGUUCACGCAAGUUCUUGAACCGUUGCCGUGAGGUGCAGUUUCAUCUCAACGAUGUCUUCCUGUUCAUUGCACAAUUAUUUACAAUCUUAAUGUAAAUGUAAUUUUAUACUGCUUUAUGUAUGUAAUGACUGAUCACUUAUGAAUAAAAUUUGACCUUUA